AUGGGAGAGCAAAACACAAACUUGCAAGAGAGCAGAAGUAGUGGUGCAGCUCCUCGGACAGCAGAGGUAAUGGAGCAGAAGGAGAAAGAAAUGCAUGCCAAAGAAGAAAGCAACUCCAAGAACAGCAGAGGUGGUGGAAUGGUUCCUCGACAAGCAGUGCCACUAAUUAAAAAAAAGAUAUUAUCUGAAUUACCCAUAAUAACCCUAACUCACCCACACUAUUCUCAUCUUCUCCAAUCAGAUACCAUUAUCGUCUCCGAUGCCAUUGUCCUCUUCUUCAGCGCCGUCUUCGGCGUCUCGCCGCUGUCUCCUAAGCUCCCGUCGGCGUCGUCUUUUGCGGUCUCAGCGCCAUCUCUUGAGGUCUCGUUACCAUCUUCUUCUGCAGUCUCGGUGUCGUUGCCUUCUUUGUUGAGAUCUCGGCGCUGUCUUUGUCAUCUUCAAGCAGGACGAUUCGGUUCACCUGAAAUCUCAUUACAGCUGGUUAUGUGGAACAAUCUGUAUAUAGAGAAGACGGGGCUGAUAUUACUGCGAAUUCUCUUCAUCCGGGAACCAUUGCCACCAACCUUUUCCGUCAUAUGGGUGUGGCCAAUGGGACCAGCAACAACAUGCUAUGUAGCAUAGCACCCACAAGUAAAGGGAGUUAGUGGAAAAUACUUCUCUGAUAGCAAUCUGUCCAAAAUAACCUCCCAUGGAACUGAUGCUGAUUUGGUUAAGAAAAUCUGGGAUUUCAGUAUGAAUUUGAUCAAGUUACAUUAUAGUAUUAUACUUGUAUUCUGAUCGUACAUUUCACAAACAUGAGUUUCAAGCUUCGAACUUGACGGGCAUACCAAUUUAGUGCUAUUUUGUUUAGAUAAAUUAAUUUUUGUAUUUCCAAAGUUUGGUUGAUAUAUUAUUUUUAUUGGAGUGACAGAUCGAGUUACCCCUGCAUUUCAAGAUGGUCCUACUCCUAAUUAGAAAAUUACUUUAUUAUGUUAUUCUGCACAUAAA